AGAAAUCUAUAUAAGUAGGCCCUUUUCUCCAUUAUUCACAUCACAUCACAUCACACGUUUCAUACUUAUCUAUUUCGCUCUUUCUCCAAUGGUUGCUUCACUUCAACCCCUCAUCGUUUUGUCCUUUCUCUCAUUGUUCAUCUCUUCCUCCGCUGCUCAAACCUCUUUCAGACCAAAGGCACUUGUUCUUGCUGUCACCAAAGAUGUUUCUGCCUCUACUCCUCAGUAUGUCACCAAAAUCAAACAAAGGACCCCACUUGUGCCAGUGAAGCUAACUGUUGAUCUUGGUGGUGGUUACUUUUGGGUGAACUGUGAAGAGGGUUAUGCCUCAUCCACCUCUAAACCAUCCCGUUGUGGCUCUGCUCAGUGCUCACUUUUCGGUUUAUAUGGUUGUAGCGGGGACAAAAUUUGUGGUCGCUCACCAAGCAACACUGUAACAGGUGUGUCCACAUAUGGCGACAUUCAUGCUGACGUUGUUUCUGUCAACUCCACUGAUGGAAACACCCCAGGUAGGGUGGUUUCUGUGCCUAACACUCUCUUCAUAUGCGGGUCAAAAGUUGUCCAGAACGGCCUGGCUAGUGGUGUCACAGGUAUGGCUGGUCUUGGAAGGACUAAAGUUUCACUUCCUUCUCAGUUUGCCUCAGCUUUCAGCUUUCCAAGGAAAUUUGCCAUUUGCUUGAGUUCUUCCACUAUGACAGAUGGUGUUAUGUUCUUUGGUGAUGGCCCUUAUAAUUUGAACAAGGAUGUCUCUAAGGUUCUCACUUUCACCCCUCUCAUUACUAACCCAGUUAGCACUGCUCCUAGUGCUUUCUUAGGGGAACCCUCAGUGGAAUACUUCAUUGGGGUUAAAUCUAUUAGAAUCUCGGACAAAAAUGUGCCACUGAAUACAACCCUUUUAUCUAUAGAUAGAAAUGGUAUUGGUGGGACUAAGAUUAGUACUGUUAAUCCUUACACUAUCAUGGAGACCACAAUUUACAAAGCUGUAUCUGAGGCCUUUGUGAAAGCUCUUGGAGCCCCUACAGUUGCACCUGUGGCUCCAUUUGGGACUUGCUUUGCAACCAAAGACAUUUCCUUCUCAAGAAUGGGCCCGGCUGUGCCUACCAUUAAUCUAGUUUUGCAGAAUGAAGAAGUGGUGUGGAACAUCAUUGGUGCAAAUUCAAUGGUGCAGUUUAAUGAUAUAAAUGUAAUUUGCUUGGGUUUUGUGGAUGCUGGAUCAAGCCCAAGUGCAGCCCAAGUUGGAUUUGUGGCUGGUGGUUCACACCCAAUGACUUCAAUCACAAUUGGAGCACAUCAAUUGGAGAACAAUUUGCUACAAUUUGAUUUAGCAGCCUCAAGGCUUGGAUUCCGCUCACUCUUCUUGGAGGUCACCAACUGUGCCAACUUUAACUUUACUUCUUCUGCUAGAAUUUGAUUAUUCUAAGUCCAAUCAAAACUUAGUGCACAGGUUUCUGUAUUUUAAGAUCUAUGCAUGUCGACCAGGUGGAGAAUAAGUGAGGUUGCAUUUAUGCAUAGCCUCCCAAAAUUUAUUUACCUUUUGUCUACAAAAUAAAGAGCACGGUUGUUCGACGGAGCUACUAUUGUGGAUAUAUUCAUUUUACUUGCAUCUUCAAUUAUUUUUUUGCUUUUAAUUAUUCUUCAACGUAAGUCAUAGAAAUAGUGAUACCAACACUUAUGGAAGAGACAGAUAUCCAAGAAACCGAAACUGCGUAAUAAAAACGUAAAAGAAUGAAAUAUAUUCCAUUCAAAAGAUUGAAAAAGAAAAAUAUUAUCCAACAACAUUACCAUCUAUAAAAAAAAAUGUUGUUCUCGCAUACUCUAAUGUACCAGUUUUAUCAGAUUUUAUUUCAAAAUGUGAUUGGGGCUAUGAACCUAAAAUACGUGGAUCGAUGCUGUAAAGUUUGGAUUAUAAGAAACAAAACAUUAUACUUUUUGCUUUGCUCUUUUUCACUUGUAUGUAUUAUUUUGGUCUCACAAAUAUAAUUAAAUCCCAUAUAAGGCCAGACCGGAGUAAUACACUAAGUUCAGUCAGGCCCAAAAAAUAAAAAACAAAAUAUUGACUUGAUUGACCUUUUUUGCAAUUUUUUCGAGCCUCUGCUCUUGAAGAAAGGUCCAGUAAAAAAAUGCCUUCAUUGUUGAUAGUUUUUGUUUAUAUUGGGGCUAAGUUUUUGUUAUAAAUC